AUGCCCGCCGACGCUCGUUCCGCUGACCGUGUCUCCAACUACAACAAGUUCUGGGAACAGAAAUCUGCCAAUGACAAUGAGUCUCACAGAGCCAACAGGUUAGACCAAUAUACCGAAGUCGUCAAUGGUUACUAUGACGGUGCUACUGAGCUUUACGAGUAUGGUUGGGCUGAAUCCUUCCACUUCUGUCGAUUCUACAAGGGAGAAGGUUUCCUCCAAGCUCUUGCCCGACACGAACACUACCUCGCAUCCAUGAUGCACCUCAAACCAGGUAUGAGAGUACUCGACGUAGGAUGUGGUGUCGGUGGACCAGCUAGGGAAAUCUCAAGAUUCUCCGAUGCUACCAUAGUCGGUCUCAACAACAACGAAUUUCAAAUUGGUAGAGCUACCAACAAAACUAGAAAAGCAGGGUUGAGCGAUAAAGUCUCUUUCGUUAAAGGUGAUUUCAUGAAACUCAGUGAACAAUUCGGUGAAAACUCUUUCGAUGCUGUUUACGCUAUUGAGGCUACUUGCCAUGCUCCUAACUUCGAAGGUAUCUAUGGAGAAAUCUUCAAGGUACUCAAGCCUGGAGGUGUUUUCGGUGUCUACGAAUGGUGUAUGACCGACGAAUGGGAUCCUACCAACCCUAAGCACAAGGAGAUCGCUCACGGUAUCGAGGUCGGUGACGGUAUUCCAGAGAUGAGAAACUUGACUGCUGCCAGAAACGCUUUGAAGAGUGUUGGUUUCGAGAUUGAGCAUGAGGAAGAUCUUGCCGAUAGAGGAGAUGUUGUACCUUGGUACUACCCUCUCGAAGGUGAUAUCUGGAAAGCUCAAACUGUAUGGGAUAUGUUCACAUGUUGGAGAACAAGUAAGAUGGGUAUCUUCGUUACCCAAAAUGCCGUUUGGGCUCUUGAGAAGAUCGGUGUUGUGCCCAAGGGUACUCACAGUGUUGGUGAAUCUCUUAUCGUUGCUGCCAACGCUCUUGUAGCUGGUGGUAAGACCAAGCUCUUCACUCCUAUGGCUCUAUGGAUCUCUCGAAAACCCGCCAACUAG